UGGAAGGUGGGUGAGUAUUUCUGUCACUCAUGAGCUGCACCCCCCACUUCCUGAGCUCAGCUACCAGUCCAUGUGGAAAGGGUCUUAAGCAUCAAGGACUAAUACUCCAUAGUCAUCUCCUUUACAGGGAGGUGAGAUUGUCAGCAUCCGUCUGCCACUUGGAUCUUUUGCUGUUACCUGAAAGGUGGCCCGCCUGCACUGCUGACAGAUGGCAGAUUUCUCAGUAUUCCCGGGGUUUCUGAAGCAAGUACCGAGGGGCAGCAGCAUUUUCUUCACCCAGCUUCUCCUCUUUCUCCAGCUGGGGGAGGUGAAUUCAGAUGAGAUCAAGGUGCUGGGUCCUGGAGAAUCCAUUUUGGCCCUUGUCGGGGAAACGGUGGAGUUCCCAUGCCACUUGUCACCGUACCUGGAUGCAAAGCACAUGGAGAUCCGCUGGUUCCGGACCCAGGUCUCAAAUGUGGUUUACCUGUACCAGGAACAGCAGGGUCUCUCCAGCCCACAGAUGCCACAGUUCCUCAACAGGACCAUAUUCGAAGCUAAUGACAUUGCCGAUGGCAGUGUGACCCUGCAUGUCCUCAAUGUGGCUCCCUCUGACGAGGGCCAAUAUGGGUGCCGCUUUCGUUCUGACAACUUCUCUGGUGAAGCCACGUGGGAGCUGGAAGUAGCAGGGUUGGGCUCAGACUCACACAUCUCCCUUGAGGGCUUCAACGAAGGAGGCAUUCAGCUACGAUGCAGAUCCAGUGGCUGGUACCCCAAGCCAAAGGUUCAGUGGAGAGACCACCAGGGGCAGUGCCUUCCUCCAGAGUCUGAAGCCAUUAUCAAGAAUGCCCAAGGCCUGUUCAGUCUGGACACAUCUGUGAUUGUCCGAGAAGGGACUCAUAGCAAUGUGUCUUGCUCAAUCCAGAACCCCUUGUUGGCCCAGAAGAAAGAGUUUGUGCUCCAGAUUGCAGAUGUAUUCCUACCCAGACCGUCCCCCUGGAAGAAAGCGUUCCUGGGAACCCUGGCGGCCCUCCCACUCUGUCUGGCUGUGCUCACCAUCCUGGCUCUGCAGUACUUUUACAAGCAGAGAUGCUCCCAAGAAAAGCUGAAGGAGCAGGGCGAGAAGGACAGAGGUAGACUGACUGCAAGGUUGGAGAGACUUCAGACAGAGCUUGACUGGAGAAGGUCCGAAGGCCAGGCUGAGUGGAGAGCGGCCCAGCAAUAUGCAGUGGACGUGACCUUGGACCCCACCACAGCGCACCCUAGCCUGGAGGUCUCAGACGACCUCAAGAGUGUGUCCUCCCGACCGGGGGCGCCCAGUAUCGCGGCCCACGGCCUGCAGCGGUUCUCGGAGCAGACGUGCGUGCUGAGCCGGGAGCGUUUCUGCAGCGGCCGCCACUACUGGGAGGUGCACGUGGGCCGGCGCAGCCGCUGGUUCCUGGGCGCGUGUCUGGAGUCGGUGGAGCGCUUGGGGCCGGCGCGCCUGAGCCCCGCCGCCGGCUACUGGGUGAUGGGGCUGUGGAACUCCUGCGAGUACUUCGUGCUGGACCCGCAGCGCGUGGCGCUGCGGCUACGAGUGCCUCCUCGGAGGGUAGGCGUCCUGUUGGAUUACGAGGAGGGGAAGCUGUCCUUUUUCAAUGCGUCAGAUGGAUCGCACAUCUUCACCUUCACCGACACUUUCUCAGGGGCGCUCUGCGCCUACUUCAGGCCCCGAGCCCACGAUGGCAGCGAACAUCCAGAUCCCCUGACCAUCUGCUCUUUGCCGGUUAGAGGGCCACAAGUCCUCGAAGAGAACUACAAUGACAACUGGCUACAGCCCUAUGAGCCCUUGGACCUCGCCUGGGCUGGUGAUGAGGCCCUGUGGUGACCCCAAGGCCAGGUCCAGGCCGCAUCCUGAAAUCCUGGACAGCGCUUUCCUCUCUUGCUGCCAAAGAGGCUCACACAGAGGAAGAAGGACCAUAGGACUUUGGCAUAUGCAGUUGUGUGUAUAUAAUAAUCUUUAAGGAAAGCGGGCAAAUGAAAGAUCGUUUGUAUAUAUAGCAGGAUUCUGGAGUGUGCACUGUGGGGAUAGGAAAGAAAUCAGAAGUAUCCGCUAGUUUGUAUAUAUAUUUCUGUAUGUUUUGUGUAAUUUUGUAUAUUCUGUAAAAGUCUAGAAGUAAUGACAUUACAUAAGCAAUGAGUUCACCUAUGGCUAAGAUCUGAGUUUUAAACAUCAUUUCCUACUAAAAUGAGAAGGGAGAAAUGUUUGAUUCCAGGACUGGGGUAUAGAAAGCCCCAAACUUGAACCCACUUUUGUGCUAUAAAAUAAGUCAGUCUUCAGAAACUGAUAGGGAGCAGGGUAGUUCAGAUCUGCUGUGCAAAAUGGGGACUGUGAUUAGGAACUGCGGAGUGCAUACUUUAAAACCAGAGUAAAUAUUAAGAGUUCUCGCCAUAAAAAUAGAUAGCUGAGGUAAUUUAUAUGUCACUUGGUUUGGUUUAGCCAUUCCAGAAUGCACACAUUUAUCAAAACAUGCUGUCCACCACAAAUAUACACAAUUUUUGCUUGUUGAUUAAAAUAAGUAAAUAAACAUAAGUGUUUU